UUGCAGGCUCACGAAGUAAACCUCACCCACAUUGAAUCACGUCCAUCUAAAACGCAUGCAGGCUGUUAUGAAAUACUCGUUGAAUGUGGGGAAGAUUCGACUCAACACAAAAUUGAAGACGUAAAUUCUGUCCCUUGGUUCCCUCGCCGAAUCGCUGAUAUUGAUCAGUUCGCUAAUCGAAUUCUUAGCUAUGGAGCAGAGUUGGAUUCUGAUCAUCCAGGUUUUAAAGACACCACCUAUCGCGAACGUCGUAAAUACUUUGCUGAUAUCGCGUUCAACUUUAGACAGUAUGUCAAAUGUUCUUCAAGCAAUUAUCCUAUUCAUUUCGAGAGGUAUAGUGAAUGUUUCAGUGGCGACAAAAUUCCUCGAAUCGAAUACACUGCACAGGAGAUUGAAACAUGGCGGACUGUUUACAACGUAAGCGAAAGUAAAGGUCUUAUUAUUUAUAUUCGACAUCACUCUGCUCCUAAGUACACCCCAGAACCCUUUACUGGUUCACCAUCGAAUUCGGAAUUUGCUUGCAACAUGGAGAGAAGAAAGCCUACGGUGCAGCCGCAAGUGGCACCUUUUGAACCCAGUGUUACCUCAACCACGGAAUAUCCAAUCACUGAAUAUCAGCCGAAAUAUUUCCUUGCUGAAUCAUUUGCUAGUGCAAAGGAAAAGCUUAAAACGUGGGCAGCUACAAUCCCGCGAUCAUUCCAACCGCAAGUGGCACCUUUUGAACCCAGUGUAACCUCAACCACGGAUUAUCCAAUCACUGAAUAUCAGCCAAAAUAUUUCCUUGCUGAAUCAUUUGCUAGUGCAAAGGAAAAGCUCAAAACGUGGGCAGCUACAAUCCCGCGAUCAUUCCAAGUACGCUAUAAUGCUUACACGCAAAGAAUUGAGGUAUUAGACCGAGUUUCUGAAUUGCAAAGAAUGGUUCGCGAGAUUAAGAGUAAGUGGGAUGCAUUUUGGAUUUCUAAUAGCUUAUUAUACAAAGUUAUUAUUCAAGGUGAAAUCACUACACUGGAGGAUGCACUUGGAAAAGUCAGCGUUGCAAACAAGUAA